AUGGUUCUGCUAUGGCUUUUAUUUGCGGUAUCAAAGGUUUCCUGCAAAUUUGAGUUCACAAAUAUUAAGUGUACAUCUUUGGAUGAAAAAUUCGCUGGCGUUGAAUAUUGUUAUUUGAAAUCUGUGAAUCGAAGCUAUAAAUACCUCUCCCUAAAAGUAAACUUGUUCAAAACGCCUAUUACAAAGAUCAAAAUAAAUGCUGCAUUGUACAAACGUUUUAAUGGCUAUAGACCUUUUAUGUAUAAUAUUACAGUAGAUUUUUUGAAGAAUCCUAGUUCCAAUGCAGCAAUGAAUUACUUGUUUGGAUUUUUUAGAAAUUUUUCAAAUAUCAAUCACACCUGCCCCUAUGACCAUGAUAUUAUAGUAGACAAGCUAGAUAUAAAUGCCGCUAAUCUCCAAGUCACCAAAGUUCUGCCUGUUCCGGAGGGCGAUUAUCUCGUGGAAACUCAUUGGAUAGCCUACGAUAUAGAUCGAGCGAUUGUAAAAGUUUAUUGUUCUGUUUCCUAGUCAGCUGUAAGUUCUUCUAUUAUCAGGCAGGAUUCAUCUGUUUCUAUCUAUUUAAUAUGUUACAACACAAAAGCUCUUGUUUAAGUGAAUUGAAUAUACAUUUUGCCUUUUCUCAACUCUAAAUAUACCCUUACUUGAAAUAAAAGAAAUUAACUUAGAUAUUGAAAUUUAUAGUGCGCAUUAUGUGUUUACCUAUUACACUCAAUGUUAAAUAAAAAUAAAUUAUUUUCUGUUCAUUCCUCGAUUUUGAAUUUGAAAAAGUAGCCUUGCAAUCCGAAUUCCGUUUUGAAAAAAAAAGGGUUUGAAGCCCGGAUAAAUUUCCGGUAAAAUUAAAUUAUCAAAAUUCACUUUGUAAGAGAAUCGAAAUUGGAAACUUAAUUCUGGUUACGUUGCCAAAAAACAAGGAUGAGGGUAAAACUGGCUGUGGUUUGAUUUUUUGCCCAAAACAUUCUCAUUGGUUAGAUUUAUUAGUUUUUUUGAAAGUUUAAUGUAAAUUUGAGUUUAUUAUAGAUAGGUGACGCAGAACUAAGAUAUAAUGGCUAUAGGCGCAUUAUAUUCAAUGUAACUACAAUGUUUUAAGAAUUAUACCAAUACGAGUCACACCUGGUCCUUUGUUGUUAGUUCGAUAAGUAGUAAAUUAAACUAUUUCUAAGACAAAUUUAAUGAACGCAUGAUCUUAUGAUAAAAAAUGUGGAUAACAACACUAUGAAUUUCCCUCAUUACAGAGGGUGACUACUUCCUUUAAUUUUAUUGGAUGACUUGUGAAAUAGAUCAGACGUUUGUAAUGGUUUAUGGUACUAUAUCAUGGAAAAUUAUUCAACAAUGAUGGAAAAAACUAUAAAUUUCUUUUUAAUUGGAAGUAAUGAAUAGAAAUAGAAAUGGAAAUGGUGUUUGUAUUAUUUUGAAAUUAAAAUAAAAUAAAAUAAAAUAAAUAAUUACCCUGUAUUUUUUACUAAUAAUGCUGAUGUGUAUUUUUUCAUUUAAAAAUGAACUGGAUUCUUAUUUUUUAUUUUCAAUACUUAUGAGUAAUUAAUAAUAAAAAAAAAACUCUGAUACAUUUUUAUUGUACCAUAUCUUUUUAAACAAUUUCACGAUAUUGAUUCUAAUACAUUUUUGAAUCAAUUGGAAUUGUUAGUUUUGGUUUUGUCAUUAGAAAUUCGGUAUGGAGGUCAAAUUUGCUCCGAUUUGGUUCUUUUUUUUGCUUCUAAAGGUUGUCAGAAAAAAACCUAAUACUUGAGAGAUAAUUUUUUGUGAAAUUUCAGAAAAUUGCACAAUUACUUUUAAUGUUAUAUAGAAAUAAAUUAUUUUCUGAUUAUUUCUCGAUUUUGAAUUUGAAAAAGGAUACUUUUAAAUUUUCAAAAAUCAUAUUGAAAGUGAAUUGAACCUCAAAACUUAAUUCUGGUUGCAUUGCUAGAAACAAGCAUGCAUCUGGUCAUUUUAUGUUAAAACGAUAAUUAGUAUAUUCUUAAACAGUCCCAAGAAAAAAUGUAUUGAAUGCAGCAUGAUCUUUUGAUAGAAAAGCUUGAUACAAACAUUAUAAAGUACUAAGAUACUAAUAGGGUACAGAGGGCGAGUACCUUCUUUAAUUUCAUUGGAUGGCUUGUGAAAUAGAUCGGGCGUUUUUAAUGGUUUAUGGUACAUGAAAAAUGAUACAAUAAUGAUGGAAAAAAAAUAGAAAUAUAAUUUUAAUUGGGAGAAUAGAAAUAUACAUAUAUAGAAAUCAUGAAUAACAACGGGGUGGGUAUUAUUUUGAAAUUAAAAUUAUAUUAAAUA